AUGGUUACGGUGGGAUUGGUAAGACCUUUAUGUGGAACACUUUAUCAGCAGCACUUAGAUCAAAGAAAAAAAAUUGUGCUGCCUGUUGCCUCUAGGGGGAUUACAAGUUUGUUGUUACCAGGUGGACGAAUAACUCAUUCUAGAUUUAAUAUUCCUGUUCCAGCUUUAGAAACUUCGGUUUGCAACAUUAACAAAAAAGAUGAUCUUUCCAAGCUUCUAAAGAUGACAGAUCUAAUCAUAUGGGAUGAGGCUCCUAUGCCUAACAGGUUUUGCUUUGAGUCUCUCGAGAAAUCCUUAAAAGAUAUUAUGAGUGGAACUGCAUAUACAUCUGAUAAAAUUUUUGGAGGUAAGGUUGUUGUCUUUGGUGGUGACUUCAGACAAAUUCUCCCUGUUAUACUAAGAGGUACUAGAUCUGAUAUUAUCCAUGCAACAAUCAAUUCUUCUUAA